CAACUCACCCUACAUCAGGUAAUGGGGAGGGAGAGAUUACAGGGAUCACGAUUUGUGUUCGCACAUAUCUAAUCAUCUGUGCUUAGGUUUCAGUCGCUUUAUGGUUUCGCGAGAACACGAAAUCCCAUUUCUGUAAAAUCGUCAGCAUUUUAUCUUAAAAAAAAGAAAGAGCAGUCAAGUGAUUAAAUCGCUAGUUCUUUACAGUAAUCUUUUUCCAUCGUUUAAAAAUCGGAUGUUGUUUUUAUAAUGAGGCAGAACUUAAUUAAUAGUUAUUCAUCAUUAAAAUGUGAAAUUCAUUUUCAAGUAGUUCUUUUGCAAACGAUUUUUUUUUGCAAAAGAUUUUUGAACAACCAAAGCUUUUUUUAAUUUGCAAAAGAAAUAAAACGAUUUUAAGUGAUCACUGUCAAUUAAAGUUAUAAGAAAUAAACAAACUAUUCAAUAUUUUAUUACCUACAGCAUAAACUAACGGUAAAGAAAAGAAUAUCAUGUUAAAAUCUAGUAAAACAACAAAAGAUCGCCUUGCUUAAAAAAGCAUUAAAUUCAUUGAAAUGAAAUAAACUCAAAAUACCACGAAUGCUUUGAAAUGUUAUAAAAAAAAUAUAACGAAAUAUCAGCAGCAAACACGAAUAAAGAACUUAAGAUUAAAGACUCCUAUAUGUGUGACUUGAUACAGUCUGAAGGCCGUUUUCCAGUGCAGAUAAUCCUAUUUAAUCUCUUCUCUGAACGUAGAAUAAAGGAAGGAAAAUGCUUCCGGGUUAUCCAGCAUUUCAUAGUUCUUAUCCAUGUUGUCUUGUCACGGAUCUCUUUAAAACUUAUCCGGCAGUCACACCGACCACCCAAAGACCGAGUGCUUCUUUUUCCAUAGACAGUAUCUUGUCCAGGGACUCAACCUGCAGUGCACCUAGAUUGUCCGCCCCUGCUAAUACCGUCACAACUUCGGCGGGACCUAGUUCCCUGUGGGCCGCCACAGCACCUCUGCAUUAUCAUUAUGCUGGGGCAGAUCUUUGUGGUUACACAAGUGUUCUUUCCCCUUAUUUAACUUCUGCUCCGGUGUUUUUGGGGGGUGCUGGUACCCACCAAGUGGGUAGUCAUCGGAGAAAGAGACGGCAUCGUACGAUAUUCACGGAAGAGCAACUCGAACAAUUAGAAGCCGCAUUCGAAAAAACACACUAUCCCGAUGUUUUAUUGAGAGAAGAAUUAGCUCUCAGGGUAGACCUUAAAGAAGAAAGAGUGGAGGUAUGGUUUAAGAACAGGAGAGCAAAAUGGCGAAAACAGCAGCGUGAAGAACAAGACCGACACAGGCUUAUACAGGAAGACAGAUCUCACCAACAUCCUAGGCACAAUGAAGACAGCGACAGGCAAUCAUCUCCCAUCAAUAUCUUAUCCAGGUUGACACCAGGACUUCAGCAAUCUGACUACAGAUCCAACGAUCCCGCUACUCAUCCUAAUCACUGAAGCUAGACUGCCAAGAACUGAUCAUAAAAAAGUGUUUGACGAAUUAUUGACUCCAGAAAUUAUAGACUAAUCGAUUCUUAAUGUCUGAAACUGUGGCAAACCAGAGUGAAAAGAGUCUCAAUUGAUUUCGGUCCGAUUGCAAGAUAUAUCUACGGAUCUUAAUUAUUAUUAUUAAAAACUGAUAACAAAUAUGUCAUCGUUGUGUAAUCAUAUAAGUUAAUACUUUAGAGAAACCUGAUGGUAUCGAAAAGUAAUCAGUACAGCGCACAGAAGCUUGUUCAAGAAGGAACAAAUCUGAUGAUGUAGUUAUUUGGUCAUUAUCGUCUGCGUUCUGAAUGUUGCCAAAACUGAUAUUAAAGAUGUUCGAUAAUCGUAUGUGUUUAUAUUGUUGGCAAAUCAGUGGUUAGAAUACUAAUUUGAAAUGGAUCAAACUAUUAAAGAUGUUUUUGAAAAAUUAGUAAAUUGAUGUGCCAAAAUGUAUGAUUGGAAAAAUUCCAAGAAGAAAACUGUACUCAAGAAUAGUGACUUUUUUUGAGAUUUCAAAAUUUCAAUGAAAUUCCCUUUUUUUAAAACAAUUUUUAUAUGUAAUUAAUAUAUUUCUAUUUAUUAGCUAUUUAUUGAAUUUCUAAAUUGUGAAAUGAAGCUGAUCAUUCAUAUCAGUUUUUAAAAUAUAUGCUGAUACUUAAUUUAUUAGCUUAUUAUUGCAAAUUUUAAUAGUUUUUGUUCUUUUUCAAAAACUUCAUCAAAAUCAAAUUCGCAAAUUUUUGUUUCUUAUUAUUUUACGUUACUACGUUUUAUUUAAAAGCAAUAAAGGUUUCCAGAUUUAUAGACAAUAAUGAUUUUUCGGUUCCUAAUUUAGUAUUUCAACUUAUUUGAAACUAUAGUAGUGAACAAAUAAUCUACUCAGGAGUGUAAUAUUGUAAACAGAACUAAGGUACUAAAGAUUUUACAAUAUUGGCAAAUCAAGUUUAAUAAAUUUACUUUAUUGAUUACCGUUCCAUAAGUAAUAUUUUUUUUAAAUAUAUUAUACUCACAAUCAGUCGGCUAAAGCAAAAUUAUCGCCUUUGACUGGAGCCUAUCUUAUGUGCUCAAAUUCAAAACUUUUAAAAUUAUCUAUUUUGUAAUUGUUUCCAUUAAUUCACUUAUCUUAAAGCACUUGUUUAAAUUUCAUCAACUACAGAAAAAUACAACUACAGAAAUUGACAUGAUAAUCUGAUUUUGAUGAUAAG